GCUGAUUUUGAGGAGCUCUGCCAAGUUUGGCAACCUUGACAGUUGUGAUGAUCCCAUGCCCAUUUUGGUGACACCUAUGUCAGUUUUGGUGACCUCCGUGCCUAUUCCAAUGAGCUCUACAACCGAUUUGGUGACACCCAUGCCAUUUUGGCAGAGCUCCUCACUGAUUCGGGGCAGCUGCGUGUGAAUGCGGGGAACUCCACAUGUUUCUCUUGACCCCCACCCUCCUCCCCACAUCCCAUUGCCACCAGCGGGAGGGGGAGUUGUGGGGUACAGACAGAACCCUGGUGCCAAUCUGGCCACCCCCCCACCCCGCAGCAGCCAAGAAGAAGAACAAGAAGGGGAAGACCCUGACCCUGACUGACUUCCUGGCGGAGGAUGGCGGCAGCGGUGCGCCCACCUACAUCCCCAAGCCAGUCAGCUGGGCCGAUGAGACCGAUGACCUGGACGGCGACGUCUCCACCGCUUGGCACAGCAACGAUGAUGAUGUGUACCGGGCACCGCUGAUCGACCGCUCACUGCUGCCCACCGCCCCCCGCGCCGCACGUGAGCCCAACAUCGACCGCAGCCGCCUGCCCAAGUGCCCGCCCUACACGGCUUUCCUGGGCAACCUGCCCUACGACGUCACCGAGGACUCCAUCAAGGACUUCUUCAGGGGCCUCAAUAUCAGUGCUGUCCGCUUGCCGCGGGAGCCCACCAACCCUGAGAGGUUGAAAGGCUUUGGCUACGCUGAGUUUGAAGACAUCGACUCCUUGUUCCAGGCGCUGAGCCUCAAUGAGGAGUCUCUAGGAAACAGAAGGAUACGAGUGGAUGUUGCUGACCAAGCUCAGGAUAAAGGUGAGCUCCUAGGGCUCAGCCAGGUUUGCAUGCAGCCCGGCUGUGUUCCAUUGAACCCGCACUGCCAGUUUGGGUCAGAAACUCUGGAUUUGGAGUCUUUUGGGCUGAAGGCUGGAGUGGAGGCUGGCUUUGGGCAGAGCAGGGGCUCAACAGUAGGGGACUUACCAAGCUGUCCCCACGUCCAUGUCCCUGUCACACAAUGGCACAGCACUGUGUGGUUCCAGAGCGGCGGUGCUGUCUGCCACAUGCAGGUCACCACACUGCACUCUGUCCCCAGCCCCAAUCUCAUACUCUCCCACUUCCCCUCCCCUUCCCUUUCCCUUUUACCUUCCCCUUUCCUUUCCUCUCCCUUUCCU